AUGGAAAAAGGCGGACUAAAGGUUAUGCUCAUAGCAUCAUGGUCCAUUCCGAUUCUUACUUCCGUUUUACCCAACAUCAUCAAGAUUCCGACAGGUUCCACACCCGUCUUUUAUUUUAUCAGAAUUGGAAUCUUUGUCUUUAGCGGUUUAAGUAUUUUCUUUUUUCACUUUCUGAUUGUGGUAGCUCUGCUCUACUACAGGAAGAAAACAAAGCAGCUAAGAGCUCGAACAGUUUCAGUCCGGGUCACUUGCACACUGGCUAUCGCAACAGGCGUCUUCAUCGUUUGUUGGGUUCCAAUAAGUACUCUGCUUUCCGUUGGAAAGCCCCCGCCCUUGCCGCAGAGAAGCCCUCUAUACUUUUGGUUCGAAACUCUGGCUCUGUCAAACUCAGCCAUGAACUUUGUGAUUUACUCUGCUAGAAUAGGGGACUUCAAAGAUGCAUAUGUUGGUAUCUUUCGCAAGAUGUUCUGCCUGUAG